AUGGGAAUGUUACUCGCGUUACUUGGCCAAAUUCCCUCAUUUUCCUCCUUUCCCUAUUUGUUUCCCUCCUCCCCUCUUGAUCCUCCUUCUUUCCCUGAUCUGUUUCCCUCCUCUCCUCCCGAUCCUCCUCUCUCCAUCGUAGCCCCAGCCCCUCGCCAUUUCUGUUCAUCGCAGCCCCUCGCCCAUCGCCAUUUGCAGACCAUCGCAGCCCCUCGCCCAUUGCCGUUCGCAAAGCCCCUUGCCCAUCGCCGUUGCCGUCGCUAUCGUAGCCUCUCGCCAUCGAUUUCAAUGCCCAAUGAUUCCCACAAGGAAUUACAGAACACCAAUGCUAUAAUUGGCAAAGAAUUAAAGCUCUGCCACUCAGGAACUGCAGAAUACAAAUAGCUAAGGAGUUAAAGGAUUUAUUUGUGGAGUUUGUAGAUCAUUAGAAGCAACUGCACAAGAGGCUUGCAUCGGAAGAGAGAAAAAUCCUGCACACAUAUGCCCCAUAAGUGCUUGUAGAGUUCAAACGCGUUCUUGGAUGGCCACUCAAAUAAGCAGGUGAAAAUUUGGGUCUCUUUUUUGCAAACUGAGUGAAUGAUUACAUUUCUUCGAUGGAUGAUUUAUAUUUUGUAUGACCUAUUAUUUGAGCUACUGGAUUGCAUGGCUUAUCUGGAAUGCUACCUGCAUGGCUGAUGCAGUGAUUUAUGUUUUGUAUGCUAUAGAAAACUGUUAGGCUA